GCCCAGGCUGAAGCCAGGGGCAGGCAGAGUCGCCCGCACCGACGCGGCCGUAGAGACUGGGACGGCCCUUUUCCGCCGUCUUCGGUGCAGCCCCGCGAUCUGGUCCGGCCACGUGGUGGGCGGAGCUGGGCGGUUCUGAGCCUGCGACUCCUUAAGACCCUGAGUCCCGGCCACAGUUCCGGGCUGGCGUUGAGAGACGAGCGCGGCCCUACGACCAGCAGAGAGCGAGCUCACCACCAGCGGCGCCAUGGCCAGCAAGGGUCGCGAGGAUGAGCACCCAUCCGUGACGCUCUUCCGCCAGUACCUGCGCAUCCGCACCGUCCACCCUGAGCCUGACUAUGGGGCUGCUGUGGCCUUCCUUGAGGAGAGAGCCCAUCAGCUGGGCCUGGGCUGUCAGAAAGUGGAGGUGGCACCUGGUCGUGUGGUGACUGUGCUGACCUGGCCAGGCACCAACCCCAGACUCUCUUCUCUCUUGCUCAACUCCCACACGGAUGUGGUGCCUGUCUUCAAGGAACAUUGGAGUCACGACCCCUUUGAGGCCUUCAAGGAUGCUGAGGGCUACAUCUAUGCCCGGGGCGCCCAGGACAUGAAGUGUGUCAGCAUCCAGUAUCUGGAGGCUGUGAGGAGGCUGAAGGCUGAGGGCCACCAUUUCCCCAGAACAAUCCACAUGACCUUUGUGCCAGAUGAGGAGAUUGGGGGUUUUCAAGGCAUGAAACUGUUUGUGCAGCGGCCUGAGUUCCAGGCCCUGAGGGCUGGCUUCGCCCUGGAUGAGGGCCUGGCCAACCCCACUGAUGCCUUCACUGUCUAUUAUAGUGAGCGGAGCAUCUGGUGGGUGCGGAUCACAAGCACCGGGAAGCCAGGCCAUGCCUCGCUCUUCAUUGAGGACACAGCAGCAGAGAAACUGCACAAGGUUGUGAGCUCAAUCCUUGCUUUCCGGGAGAAGGAGAGGCAGAGGCUGCAGUCAAACCCCCACCAGAAGCUGGGGGCUGUGACCACUGUGAACCUGACUAAGCUAGAGGGUGGCACGGCCUUUAACGUGGUACCUGCCACUAUGAGCGCCAGCUUUGACUUCCGUCUGGCACCGGAUAUGGACUUGAAGGCUUUUGAGGAGCAGCUGCAGAGCUGGUGCCAGGCAGCUGGCGAGGGGGUCACCUUCGAGUUUGUUCAGAAGUUCACGGAGCCCCGAGUGACAUCUAUUGAUGACUCAGAUCCCUGGUGGGCGGCAUUUAGCCGGGUCUGCAAGGACAUGAACCUCACUCUGGAGCCAGAGAUCUUCCCUGCUGCCACUGACAGCCGCUAUCUCCGCGAGGUGGGGGUCCCAGCUCUAGGCUUCUCACCCAUGAACCGCACACCCAGGCUGCUGCACGACCAUGAUGAACGGCUGCAUGAGGACAUGUUCCUCCAUGGGGUGGACAUGUACACACAGCUGCUGCCUGCCCUGGCCAGCGUGCCCGCCCUGCCCAGUGACAGCUGAGCCCCAUGUUCCCCAACCUCUACCCCUGGAGCUUCCACCCUGACCAGUGCCAAGGACCCCUCUUCCCCAAUGCCUAACAAUAAAAUAUGUGUGUGGACAA